CUCCGAGAUCGUGGGCCUUCCCGGUCUACCUGCCGGAAAGGGCGCCUCUGCCAGGCUUCCUGGCGUCCGGCGCGGCACCGCUGGCCGGUCUACUCGGUGUCAGGCCCGGUGGGCUCCUCGCGUCCACGCACACCACACCACACCACGCCCUGCCUGCCUGCCUGCCUGCCUGCCUGCCUGCCGCCUGACCAGCGCUCCUAAACAAAGGAACAGGCUCUUGCCCGGUCUACCUGGAAGGCAGGGAGCGGACGGCCACCCUCCCCGCCAGCCUGCCUGCCUGCCUGCCUGCUUGCUCGCCGCACGGUCUGGGGCUUCCAGGUCCACCUAAGAGGAGGAAACGGCUUCCCGGUCUACCCUCCAUGGGGCCGGGAGGCGCCGGUCCACUAGGCGGGGGGCGCGCGUGCCUGGAGCCGCUGCCCGGUCUACCUGCCUUCGAAGGGGGGGGGCUCUGGCCGGUCUUGCGAGAACGGUAGACUUUCCGGUCUACCUGCCGGAAAGCGCGGCUCUGCCGGGCUACCUGGCGUACGGCGCGGAACCGCUGGGCGGUCUGCUGGGCGCCGGACCUCGGUGAGUACGGUCUCCCGGCCGGAGGGGCUGGCGGCGUUGCCCGGUCUCCCGCCCCUCGGCUUCCCUCCGGUCUACCGGCCAGGAAGGCUGGGGUUUGCCCAUCUUCCUCCGAGAUCGUCGUGGCUUCCCGGUCUACCCACCGGAAAGCGAGGCUCUGCCUGCCUGCCUGCCUGCCUGCCUGCCUGCCUGCCUGCCUGCCUGCUUGCUCGCCGCAGUGCCUGUGGCUUCCAGGUCUACCUCCGAGGAGAAAGGUCUUCCUGGUCUACCCUCCUUGGGCCCGGCAAACGCCGGUCCACACGGCGGUGGGCCUGGAGCGGCUGCCCGGUCUUGUUGUCGGCGGAGGUGGGCGGGCUGGGUGGUCCCGGUCUUCCUCCGAGAUCGUGGGGCUUCCCGGUCUACCGACCGGAGAGCGCGGCUCUGCCGGGCUACCUGGCGCACGGCGCGCGACCGCCGGCCGGUCUACCGGGCGCCGGACCUCGGGAAGCCCGGUCUCCCGGCCCUCGGCUCCCCUCCGGUCUACCGGCUGGGAAGGCUGGGGUUUGCCGGUCUUCCUCCGAGAUCGUGGGGCUUCCCGGUCUACCCACCGGAAAGCGCGGCUCUGCCGGACUACCUGGCGCACGGCGCGCGACAGCUGGCCGGUCUACUGGGCGCCGGACCUCGGUGAGCCCCGUCUCCCGGCCCUCGGCUCCCCUCCGGUCUACCGGCCGGGAAGGCUGGGGUUUGCCGGUCUUCCUCCGAGAUCGUGGGGGCUUCCCGGUCUACCCACCGGAAAGCGCGGCUCUGCCGGGCUACCUGGCGUACGGCGCGGAACCGCUGGGCGGUCUGCUGGGCGCCGGACCUCGGUGAGCCCCGUCUCCCGGCGCUCGGCUCCCCUCCGGUCUACCGUCCCGGGAGGCUGGGUCCUGCCGGUCUACCCCCGAGGAAGGGAGGCUUCCCGGUCGACCCGCCGGAGGGGCGGGGCAGGCGACGUUGCCCGGUCUCCCGGCCCUCGGCUCCCCUCCGGUCUACCGUCCCGGGAGGCUGGGGCGUGCCGGUCUACCUCCGGGAUGGGGGGGGUGUUUUUUCCCGUUUUGGACCAGUCUGCUCGCCGGGCUCCCGGUCUACCUGCCGGAGAGCCUGCGGCUUGCCGGUCUACUACGCAGGACGGAGGGCUUCCCGGUCUACCUGCCCGUGCCCCCUAUGGAGCCUCCAGGUCUACCCGGUCGCUGGAACCCGACGACAUCGCCAAGGGUGGGUGGGGUUCGUGGCGACAGCUGCCGUAGAACUCGGCGACUUUGUAGACCGCCGCUUGGCGGCAGCGCAGCAGGUAGGCGAUGGAGGGGACGGGUGA